AUGCCAACUUCGACCACCGGUAUGGCCCGGGUUUGUAGAAAAUGCAACCCGCUGCGCAGGCGUUGCACUCUGUACGUUAUAGUGAUUGCGACCGCGGCAUUGGUUGCGUUCCUGAUAUCCUCCUUAACUGUUUCUCGCUACCCGAAGGACAGCCUGAUGCAAGAAGCAAUUUCAAACAUUCAAGAUCGAAUGGAUUUUUUGGAAAGCCUUUACUUGGUCCGUCAUGAGGAUAUUAUAGAUUUACAAGAUAGUGCAGAUGUGAACAGAACCAACUCGCACGGCACCUUACUACUUAGGACGAAUAAAAAGAAUUCUAUUUUGAAACCUGAAAUUAUUGCGAUGUUAAGGAAUAUAAGUGGCAUGCGAGCCGCCAUGGGAGUGCACACGAGUACGUCGGCAGUAAUGCAAACAUCUUUUAUCUAUAAACUACUUUCUCAUCUGAUGAAUGACGCUGCUGCCUUACGUCCAGCUUACCACAUGACGGCUGGACGUAAGCUUGCUGAUGUUGUGAUCGGCAUACCUACUGUAAAAAGAGAUAAGGAGAGUUACCUCAUGGUUACUUUAACGCAUUUAAUCCACGGUUUGACAGCAAAAGAUAUCAACAACACGCUUAUAGUUGUGUAUGUGGGCGAAACUGACUUGGAAUACGUUCUAGAUAUAGCGAGGCAAAUUGAAAUUAUGUUUCCUCACCAUGUAGAGAGUGGUUUAAUUGAAGUAAUUUCUCCGUCACCGUCUUACUACCCCGAUCUAGAGAAGAUACCCGAAACGCUGGGUGACUCUCACAAGCGCGUUAAGUGGCGGACUAAGCAAAAUCUUGACACUAUAUACCUAAUGGCAUAUGCGCAGUCUAAGGGAACCUUUUAUUUGAUGCUUGAAGAUGAUGUUAUUGCGAAAAACAACUAUAUGCAGGAAAUAAAGCAUUUUACGGCAACCUCAUCCAUUUCUACGCCAAAUUGCUUUUUUAUUCUAAUAUGCCUAUUGAUUGGCUUAUGGAGAGUUAUCUGGCGGAUCGCGUGUGCGCAAUUGAUAAGGGAUCUAACGCUUGGAAAGAUACAAAAAGUUAAGGAUCCACAAUUCAACUUGCAGCCUAUAUAUUAUCCACAUAAUAAUCCUCCAAUGAAAUACAUACGCACAAGUAUUAAAGAACAUUCAGAGCACACUUUGAAGAAAGCGUACGAAGGACAAACUUUUUUUUGGGGUGUGAAGCCAAAGGAGUGCGAUACAAUUGAAUUUUGGUUUGCCAAGCCCACAGUCGUUACAAGUUACACUUUUCGAAGCGGUAAUGUAAAGCAUACAUCGUAUAAGUUUUACGAUACUGCAGUCGAAGUGUAUCCAGAACGUGCAAGAAAUUUUACUACUGUGGAUUAUUUUGAUGAGUUCGGCUUAGCUGAUGGGAAGUUGAAACACAGCAUUGGACCACUUCUAGCAAUGCGCUUACGUGUUAAUAAGAACAGCUUUUUCGAGGUUAUUCUGAGCGAAAUCGAUAUAAGGACGGAUGAAAAAGGAAGCAUAACCUCUCAGGCGUUGCCUAAUUCACCCGUGAAGAAAUUUAGGCAACAGGAUCGUCCACAUCGCAAACCAUUUAGGAAGUUAAGAGUCCUCGGACAAAUUAGUGUU